AUGAUCACGUCCGAACUCUCCGUGUUGCAGGAUUCCACCAAUGACACCGGUGCACCAGUGCACACUGACAUGUCUGCAGUUGCCAGUGAAAUGAGUUCUGAUAUUACUGAUGACCUGGAAGUCAAAGGCAAAAGAAAAAGAGGCCGCCCCGGAAGACCACCAUCUGCCAUUAAAAAAACCACGAAAGACACCUGGUGAGAGGAGUCGUGGAGAGCCAGGCACAAGAGGCCGGGGCAGGGCAAAUGGUCAUCCUCAGCAAAAUGGCGAAGGCGAUCCAGUCACCUUAUUUGAAGUAGUUAAGAUGGGAAAGAGUGCCAUGCAGUCUGUAGUAGAUGACUGGAUUGAGUCGUAUAAACAGGACAGAGACAUGGCUCUUCUGGACUUGAUAAAUUUCUUCAUCCAGUGUUCAGGAUGCAAAGGUACUGUAAGAAUUGAGAUGUUUCGAAAUAUGCAGAACGCGGAGAUCAUCAGAAAAAUGACUGAGGAGUUUGACGAGGAUAGCGGAGAUUAUCCUCUAACAAUGCCUGGACCACACUGGAAGAAAUUUCGCUGUAACUUCUGUGAGUUCAUUGGUGUUCUGAUCCGACAAUGCCAAUACAGCAUCAUCUAUGAUGAGUAUAUGAUGGACACUGUCAUUUCACUGUUGACUGGCCUCUCUGACUCCCAGGUCCGAGCUUUCAGGCAUACAAGCACACUUGCAGCAAUGAAGCUGAUGACUGCACUGGUGAAUGUUGCCCUUAAUUUGAGUAUUCACCAGGAUAACACUCAGCGGCAGUAUGAAACAGAGCGGAACAAGAUGAUUGGCAAGAGAGCCAACGAGAGGCUUGAGCUGCUUCUACAGAAACGAAAAGAGCUUCAGGAAAACCAGGAUGAAAUAGAAAACAUGAUGAAUUCCAUUUUUAAGGGCAUCUUCGUUCACCGAUACAGAGACGCCAUUGCUGAGAUCCGAGCAAUCUGCAUUGAGGAAAUAGGGGUUUGGAUGAAAAUGUACAGUGACGCGUUCCUCAAUGACAGCUACCUAAAGUAUGUGGGCUGGACACUCCACGACCGGCAAGGAGAAGUAAGGCUCAAGUGUCUGAAAGCCCUUCAGAGUCUGUACACCAAUAGAGAACUGUUCCCUAAGCUCGAGCUCUUCACCAACCGGUUUAAGGAUCGGAUUGUUUCCAUGACUUUGGACAAAGAAUAUGAUGUAGCUGUUGAAGCAAUCCGCCUUGUGACUCUGAUUCUCCAUGGUAGUGAAGAGGCCCUGUCCAAUGAAGACUGUGAGAAUGUCUACCACUUGGUGUACUCUGCACAUCGGCCAGUAGCUGUAGCAGCUGGGGAAUUCCUGCACAAGAAGUUAUUUAGUAGACAUGACCCACAAGCGGAAGAGGCCUUGGCCAAAAGAAGGGGUCGGAGCAGCCCUAAUGGAAAUCUUCUAAAAAUGCUUGUGCUUUUCUUUCUUGAGAGUGAGUUACAUGAGCAUGCUGCAUACCUUGUUGACAGUUUAUGGGAAAGUUCCCAAGAGCUUCUGAAGGACUGGGAAUGUAUGGCAGAGCUGCUAGUUGAAGAGCCAAUACAAGGGGAGGAAGUGAUGUCUGAGCGGCAAGAGAGCGCACUCAUUGAACUGAUGGUGUGUACUAUUCGCCAGGCUGCAGAAGCGCAUCCCCCUGUGGGAAGAGGAACUGGCAAGAGGGUUUUAACUGCCAAGGAACGUAAAACCCAAAUAGAUGACAAAAACAAGUUGACAGAACAUUUCAUUGUUGCACUUCCAAUGCUGCUAUCUAAGUAUUCUGCUGAUGCAGAGAAAGUGGCAAAUCUUUUACAAAUUCCUCAGUUUUUUGAUCUAGAGCUUUAUAGCACAGGGCGAAUGGAAAAGCACCUGGACAGUUUACUAAAGCAGAUUAGGUUUGUUGUGGAGAAACACACAGAGGCCGAUGUAUUAGAAGCAUGUAGUAAAACCUACAGCAUACUAUGCAGUGAAGAGUACACAAUUCAGAACCGAGUGGACGUAGCACACAGUCAGCUGAUUGAUGAGCUGGCAGACAGGUUCACACAUGCUGUGGAGGAGCUGUUACAAAAUCUAGAUGAAGCUGAUGAAGAUGAUGUGUAUAUAAUGUACUGGCCUCCUUAAAACGCUUAACGUGUUUUCACAACGCUCACGAUUUGACCAAAUGGGACAUGUUUGGAAAUUGUUAUCGGUUGUUGAAGGCAGGUCUGGAACAUGAAGGCAUGCUCGAGCAGAUUGGUGUCCAGGCUCUUCAGUGCUCUCACUACUCUGUACUGUGGCAGUUGGUUAAAAUCACAGAAGGCAAUCCUUCCAAAGAAGAUAUGUUGAUGUUAAGAAGGACUGUAAAAUCUUUUCUAGCAAUCUGUCAGCAGUGUCUUUCCAAUGUUAAUACGCAAGUUAAAGAGCAGGCCUUCAUGCUGCUCUGUGAUCUUCUGAUGAUCUUCAGCCAUCAGUUGACAACAGGUGGAAGGGACAACCUUUCGUUGCUGAUCUUUAAUCCAGACCUAGGACUACAAUCUGAACUGCUCAGUUUUGUAAUGGAUCACGUCUUUAUUGACCAAGAUGAUGAGAACCAGAGCAUGGAAGGAGAUGAAGAGGACGAAGCCAACAAAAUUGAGGCCUUGCACAAAAGAAGAAAUUUGCUUGCAGCAUUUUGUAAACUUAUCAUCUAUGAUAUUGUAGAUAUGCACGCAGCAGCAGAUAUCUUUAAGCACUACAUGAAGUAUUACAAUGACUAUGGAGACAUCAUUAAGGAAACACUAAGUAAAACACGACAGAUAGACAAGAUCCAGUGUGCCAAGACCUUGAUCCUCAGUUUGCAGCAGGUAUGAAUUAUUGUU